CGCAGUUCUGUAGCAAACCUCUCCUUUCUCCAAAAGUAUGCCUUCCCAUCGCUCGCCUUCCAGUAGCAGCCGACGUCGAUCGCCUUCGCCCUCUAGUAAAAGACAAAAGCGUUCUCAUUAUAGAGACCGUUCCCCAAGAGAUCAUCGCGACCGUAGCCGAGACCGCCAUCGAGACCGUAGUAGAGAAUACAGCGACCGACAUCGUCAUUCUUCCUCUUCUCAUCGACAUCGAUCUUCACGUCAUGACGAUCGAUCGCAUCGUGAUUACAACAGGUCAAGCCGCCAUUACGACGAUGUAAGUGCUCCGAGAGAACGGAGUUCCUCACAUCACACAUCUUCUCGAGUACGCACUGAGUCUCCAGCGAGAGACGGCAAUGCAGCUGAGACAAGCCCUGGUAUAGGUCACACCCACACUAAAGCAGAUGAAUCUCCUGCUGCGACAAAUCACCAAGAAAGCACGGCAUCACCUCAGGCACCUACCACAGAGAGUAAAGACGAUGUGUUGCGAAAACGUCAGGAGCGUCUCGAAAAAUGGAAACAACAACAACGACAAGCCAAGUUGGCUGAAGAACAGGCCAAAGCAGCGGCCGAAAACGAACAAAAACAGGAAGAAACAAAGUCAACCGCUGAACCUGUGAGCCAAGAGUUGAAUAAGCCAUCUAAAACCGAUGCUUCUCCACCUGCAAUAGAAAUUCCAGCGGUGUCAACGACCGACGAUCAAUCAUCCGCUCGUUUGGAGGAUAAGAUUUUCCAAGAUUCACUGGCUGCAGCACGUCAAAUGGCAGGAAAAGAUGAAACGGACGAAAAAAUGGGGGAAGAACAUCAAGCGGCUGCCAUGGAGGAAGAUUCACAUGCCAAAGAUAAAGGCUGGAGUUGGGAAGACGAAGACGAGGACGAGACCAUGGACGUUGACAUGGAAGAACAUGCCCAAGCCGAUGCGGAAAGAAGCUUCAAACCGCUAAAGCAAGAUAAUAAAGACGACGAAGGAAAAGAAGAUUCAUUUGUCACUCGCCGUCCAAUCCAGCAACAACGAAAUAUGUUCAUGAUGGGCGGCAACCGAACCGGUACCGCACAGGUGAACAAUGCAGCCCCUAAACCGGCAGUGACGGCCAAAAAUACCAUGCGUAUCGGUUUUGGGUUGGGCAAGAAAGCCACAAAACCAGUGAUACCUUCAAAACCAGCUGUUACUCCUGCACCAAAGACAGAGGUAAAGUCGAAAACGACGACGGCAAUGGAAGUGGAUACGGGUGAUGAUGUGGAUCCUUUGGAAGCAUACAUGCGCGGUGUCACAGCAGAAGCACGAAAGAUUGACGAAGAAGAUAAAAAACGCAUGGAAGAUGUCAAACCCACUGUGAUUUUGGCCGAUGAUGAUGCACCGGAAGCUGAGCCAGCAGAUAAUGACGACGAUGUUGGUAGCGAUGCAGAGGAUAUUUUGGCGCUUGCUGCAAAGAAAGCGAAACGAAAGGACAUCGCACCAGUGGACCAUUCUACGAUGCACUAUGAAUUCUUCCGCAAAGACUUUUACAUCGAACCACCGGAAUUGAAGGACAUGACCCCUGAUCAGGUAGAACUGCUUCGUAUGGAACUGGAUGGUAUCAAAAUUCGCGGUGUCAAUUGUCCCAAACCGAUCCAAAAAUGGACCCACUGUGGUUUACCUGCUGGUUGUCUCGAAGUGAUUCGAAAACUCAAGUUUGAAAAACCUACAUCCAUCCAAGCCCAAGCGGUGCCAGCCAUUAUGAAUGGACGCGAUGUCAUUGGUGUCGCAAAGACAGGUUCAGGCAAAACAAUUGCGUUUCUGUUGCCAAUGUUCCGUCAUAUCAAAGAUCAGCGAUCGUUGGAGAUGGGCGAAGGUCCCAUUGCUGUGAUUAUGACUCCCACCCGUGAAUUGGCCACUCAAAUUCAUCGUGAAUGUAAACCUUUUCUGAAAGUACUGGGCUUGCGGGCCGUUUGUGCUUAUGGUGGUAGUCCUAUCAAGGACCAGAUUGCGGAUCUCAAACGUGGUUGUGAGAUCGUUGUUUGUACGCCAGGACGUAUGAUCGAUUUGCUCUGCGCCAACUCUGGUCGUGUUACGAAUCUAAAGCGAGUCACGUACAUGGUACUUGAUGAAGCAGAUCGUAUGUUUGAUAUGGGCUUUGAGCCUCAGGUGAUGAAAAUUGUCAAUAACGUUCGACCAAGUCGACAAACAGUUUUGUUCUCGGCAACAUUUCCUCGACAGAUGGAAGCACUUGCUCGCAAAGUCUUGAAAAAGCCGCUUGAAAUUACAGUCGGUGGACGUAGCGUGGUGUGCAACGAUGUUGAACAGAUUGUCGAAGUACGAGAGGAGAACACCAAAUUUAUUCGACUGCUGGAGAUUCUUGGAGAAUUUUUCAACGUGGAUGAAGAAGAAGACAGCAGAGCCCUUGUUUUUGUGGACCGUCACGAAGCAGCUGAUAACCUGUUGAGAGAUUUGAUUCGACGAGGCUAUCCUUGUCAGUCAUUGCACGGUGGCAAGGAUCAAGCUGAUCGUGACAGUACCAUUGCCGACUUCAAGUCGGGUGUGACCAACAUCUUGAUUGCGACGUCUGUAGCUGCUCGUGGUUUGGAUGUCAAGCAGUUGAAGUUGGUGGUCAAUUAUGAAUGUCCCAAUCACAUGGAAGAUUAUGUGCAUCGUGUUGGUCGAACAGGUCGAGCGGGUAACAAGGGCACGGCCUACACUUUCAUUACACCUGAUCAAGAUCGCUACGCGAUGGAUAUCUGCAAAGCCCUUCGUCUCAGUGGCCAAGAAAUCCCUCCUGAUUUGCAAAAGCUCACGGAUCAUUUCCAGGAAAAGGUCAAGGCCGGUAAAGAACGUAUGGCCAGUUCUGGCUUUGGCGGUAAAGGUUUGGAACGUCUGGAUAAGGAUCGUGAUCUCGUAAAGAAGAUCCAAAAGAAGGCUUAUGGAGGUGAAGAUCUGGAAGAAUCUGAUGAAGAAGAGGCGGCAGAAAUAGAAACUAAAUUGGCACCACCUACGCCUGCCACGACGAUCAAGGUGGAAGAACCACAAGUUACCACUGUUACUUCGUCGCCUGGUCAAGCGGCGGCGGCAGCAGCGGCCGCAGCAGCUAGUGCGGCCGAAGCUGGUAAAGGCAGUGACGAGCAACUCAGUGCAGCGGCUUUGGCAGCGCAAAAGGCGGCAGCUCAAGUGGCAGCGCGUAUCAAUGCCAUGGCUGGCAACAAGAACCGAUCUGCCAACGAUGUACUCGCGGAUAUCAAUGCUCGCUUCCGUGAAAAUACCAAUUCGGCACAGGCGGAAGGAAAAGAUGGCAAUCCAGUCUUUGCGGAAGAGAUGGUCAUCAACGACUUUCCCCAAAAGGCAAGAUGGAGAGUCACCAAUAGGGAACAAAUUUCACAAAUUACAGAAAUCUCCGGGGCGGCCAUUACCACCAGAGGUACUUUCUUUCCUCCUGGAAAGCAGCCUGGACCAAACGAACGCAAGUUGUAUUUGUUCAUUGAAGGUGACUCUGAAUUGGUGGUGGAAAAGGCGAGGAACGAAAUCAAGCGUAUUCUUAUGGAAGCUACGGUGGCUCAGCUCGAAGCCGAAGCAAGAACCGGUGGAGGCAGUGCUGGCAGAUACUCUGUUGUUUAAACCUUUUUCUAAAAAUAAUAAAUCAUACAUCAUACCAUUUUUUAUACAACA